GGCCCGCCACCGUGUAUCGUCACCGUUUCUCGCGAGCUUGAUCUCACAGAGAGAAAGAGACGAUGUUCGUCCUAAGAGUCCACUCGGUAGACCCAGAGCAGCCGAUCUCCACCGAAGACGAAGAAUCCGGUUUCAGCUACGCGCCGUCGUCGAGGAGAUCUCAGCGUCCCACCGAUAAUAAUAACAAUAAGCUCAUACCAUCUCUCAAACUCACAGAACGAAAAGGCCUAAUCCAUCUCUACCGAAACUCUUCCCACAGCUCCCUCCCAAACCCUAGCUCCCGAUCAACCACUCUCUUCGUCGUCGCUGUCCCCAAUUACCUCUCCUCCCUCGAUUUCAUCCGCUUCUGCGAUUCCCAAAUCGCCCAUGUCUCUCACAUCCUCUUCAUCAGGAACGAUGCGAUGGAAGAUAGGUAUAGUGUUUUGAUCACACUCUCAGAUCAAGCCGGAGCGGAUGGGUUCCACAAGAACUUGAAUGGGAGAAAGUAUGCUCCUUCUGAGGCUGAGGUUUGUCAUAUUCUCUAUGUACUUACGGUGGAACACACUGAGUUUGAUGAGCUUGCUGCUUCUUCCCCUGUUGGAUUCACCGAGUUACCUACUUGCCCAAUAUGUCUUGAGAGAUUGGAUCCUGACACUAGUGGUAUCCUCAGUACUCUUUGUGAUCACUCGUUUCAGUGUUCUUGCACUUCAAAAUGGACUUAUCUAUCCUGUCAGGUUUGUCGAUUGUGUCAACAACAAGAUGAUAUACCAAGCUGUUCUAUUUGUGGAAAAACGGACAACGUAUGGGCGUGCCUUGUCUGUGGCUUCUUAGGCUGUGGAAGGUACAGGGAAGGGCACUCUAUCAGGCACUGGAAAGAAACGCAUCAUUGCUACUCUCUUGAUUUGCGAACACAACAAAUCUGGGAUUAUGUUGGUGACAGCUAUGUUCAUCGGUUAAACCAUUCAAAAAUAGAUGGAAAGUCGGUAGAGAUGAACAACCGCUGUCUUUCCCACGAAGGGGACUGUGGUCUCUGUGAGUGUAGUGAGGAUACAGGGAUUAGCGGUGCUAUCUUCAACAGCAAAGUUGAUUCAAUUGUAACCGAGUAUAAUGACCUUCUUGCAAGUCAGCUUAGGGCUCAGCGACAGUACUAUGAAUCUCUGAUUGUGGAAGCGAGAAGCAAGCAGGAAAGUAGUAUUGCUGAAGCAGUUGAGCAGACUGUUGUUAACAAGAUGCAGGAGCUUCAGAAUGAAAUCGAAAUAUGCGAAGAGGAAAAAACUGAAAUCACUGAGGUUAACAGAAAGCUUAUAAAAGAGCAGGAUACUUGGCGGAAGAAGUUCAAGGAAAUAGAAGAGAGGGAAGCUGCAUUGCUAGGAUCAAAAGACGAGACUAUAGCUGAUCUUGAAGAACAGAUAAGAGAUAUAAGGGUGUUUGUUGAAGCACAGAAAACGUUAAAGAAUAUGUCAUCAGAUUCGGAUGGUAUACGUGAAGGAACCGUCUUGCCAGUGCCUAUCAACCAGGAGCCAGUUAGAAGGCAGAAGAAGAAGUCAAACCGUAGAAAGUAAAUGAAGAUUGGGUUUGUGAUAUUCUUUUGGUUUGUUGUCCAAAUUGAUCUAAUAUCUGGUGUAGUAGUACUAUUGUAGAUAAAAAUACUAUUUUUCAACAGGAAAUAACUUUUGGUUUUGGUUAAA